AUGAAAAGUUGCUUAUUAACUCGAACUUUGUUCCAGGUUCUGACCUUCUGCUACCUCUCAGCCUUCAAUUGGUGGCUGUUGGUAUGCCCGGCCAUGUUGUCCCACGACUGGCAAAUGGGAUCAAUACCCCUGAUAACCUCGAUAAGUGAUAGUAGGAACUUAGUUACCUGUUUCUUCUUCGGCUUUGCAUUCCUCUUGGCCGCAAGAGCGCUUGCUGACUUUGAGAGCCAGAGGCAGCCGCAGGUUGUGUUAGGACUGUUGUUUCUAGUGAUACCCUUCCUCCCUGCCACAAAUUUGAUGGUGACUGUGGGAUUUGUUAUAGCUGAACGUGUUUUGUAUAUACCUAGAGUUGUGGAUGAAUUCGUUAUCAAUUUGAAUCGAACUGACAGUGAUAGUGAUUCUUUCGAAACUGAAGAUGAAGAUUCAGAAGGAGAAGAGGACGAUAGCAGAAUUUUUGGUGUAGAAUCGGCAGGAGACUCUAUAGUUCAUGAAGCCAAUUCUGAUAAGACGUACAUCAAUCUUUGA